AUGGAGCCGGGCGACCAGUUCAAGGACUUGUUGAAGCGGCUUGCUGCGGAGCAUGACAAGCUGUUGCAGCGCGCCGAGGAGGAGCACGAAGCGUGGCUCCGAACCCUUCAGGGCCUCGCUUCGAUCUUCGAACCCAGCGAGCCGCGCGCCCUCGCUGCAGGCCUGGACGUCUUUCCGCUUCUCGCUCCAGUGCCGCCGGAGCAGCCGGCUCUGCCAGAGGAUUUGGACCCCUGGCCCUCCUUCGAAGAGGAAGUCGACUUCGACUCCAACGACGUGGAGGAUGCGGUUCUAUCAGUAGAGACGGGAUCUCCGCUAGUGCGAGCGAUCUCUGAGAAGAUGGUGGAUAUGGUGGCAGUGAAGAAGGUGGACUCCCUCUCCAGUGCUGCGGGUAGAUCGCGGCAGUCCGCCAAGAUGGAAAGCCUCUUCAGCGCCGAGAGCGAGAAGUGCUGGCGAUGCCAACUCUUCCCAUGGAUUGAUUAUGUGGCGGGGAUCGCCGUCCUUUUUAACUCUCUGCUGAUGUUGCUGCAGUUGGAACUCGAGGGCCGCUCGGCCGCGGUCUUCCUGGGCCAGAGUGCGCCCUCCUACGCCCACGAGCUGCAGCUGGUCCAGGCCGCCGAGUCCUCCUUUGUGUUUUUCUACCUCGUGGAGCUCUUGUUAAGGAUCUCGGUGGAGCGGCAGGGCUUUUUCCAGGAUGUGGCGAACCUCUUCGACGGUGUCUUGGUGGUUCUGGGGGUGGUGGAUGUGGCCGUCAGUCGCCCCUUCGAUCCCAGCUUCACCGACCUCGAGGACGAGCCCUCCCUGAAGCUCAUGCGCAGCCUCAAGUCCAUGCGCGCGCUGCGCCUGGUGCGGACCUUCCGCUUCGUGCGGGGCCUGCGCUUGCUGGUGACGGCGUGCAAGUGCUUCCUGCCGUCGCUCUUCUGGUCCAUGGUGCUACUUGCGGUCUUCAUGAUCAUGGGUGCGUUGACUUUGGGAACGACUCUGCAAACCUUUGUGGCUGAUCCUGCGACCGAGCUCGAGGAGAAGAUCUGGGUUUGGACGCGCUAUGGCACAGCCUUCCGAGCCCUAUACACCAUGUAUGAGGUGACCUUUGCUGGAAACUGGCCAACCAAUGCGAGGCCUGUCAUUGAAGCUGUGAGUCCACUCUUCGCCCUGUUCUACCUGGGCUACAUCACCAUUAUCGUCUUCGCGCUGAUCAGAGUGAUAUCGGCCCUCUUUUUAAAAGACACCCUUGAUGCGGCCCAGAGUGAUGCAGAUCUGGCUGUGGUCGACAAGAAAGAAAGACGGAGGGUCUAUGUGGAGAAGCUGGAAGCCUUGUUCACUGCAAUUGAUGUAAACCAAACCGGCAUGAUCACAGAGCAACAACUGGCCAGCGUUUUGUCGCUUCCAAACAUUCACGCGUACCUGGAGACCCUCGACUUGGACGUGAAAGAAAGCGCUGCGCUCUUCAAGCUCUUGGAUGAUGGCGACGGGGAAGUAACACUUCACGAGUUUAUUAAUGGCAUUAUGCAUUGCAAAGGGGAAGCGCGCGCGAUUGACCAGGUGCUGAUGCAUUCGGAGCUAAGGCUCGUGGCCAAGCGGCUGGACGGACUGUGCAUGCAUGUGGGCUUCGAGGCCAACGAGCGGACGUCGAAGCAGAUGCAGCAGAAAGCUUUCCAAAGCAAGGUCGUGGCCUUCCUCCAUCUGACGGCCGCCAUCCAAGUGGGUCCCGAAGGAGCGAUCCGCGAGAAGAAUGCGACCCAGGCGGCGCUGGAGGCCUUUGGUUCAGCCAAAUGUCCUUGCGUGGGCUUCGCGGACGUGAACGGGGUCACCAUGGCUUUGGUGGGGGAGAGUUACGUCGCCUACCCAGGCGACCUGGGCAGCAGCUGCCAGCCUUGGGACCAGAACCGGAAUCCCGAGUGCCGAGAGGGAGAGGGGCGCAAGAGUUGGUGCAAGCAGCCAUGGUGCUAUGUGGAUGCGAGGAAGUGUGACUUGGAGGUGGUGCCCACGCUGUCCAAGUACCUGCCAUCAGCCCGAUUCCAGAACAUGCCUCUCUUCUACUCCUAUGAUACCUGUGGGGUCGAGACCCCCAAGAUCGACCAGGACCCUGUGGACGGUUGCAAGUGCAUUGGCAUAGACCAUCGGGCUGGAAGCUUUGCCGUCAGCCUGGACGAUGGCCUCGUCCAGUACCCGGCCGAGCUGGGAGGGAGCUGCCAGGCCUGGGAUGCACAUCUGCAUCCUCUCUGUGCGGCCGGUCGUCCGCCGGAGUUUUGCCAGCAGAAGUGGUGCUACGUGGAUCCCUGUAAGUGCACCGUCAAGUCACCUCCCAAGGAGGCCUUGUAUUUCAACGCCACCAUGAGAGGGAAGAGCAUCUACUACUCUUAUGAAGCUUGCGGCUUCAAAGAUGCCUUCACUCCUAGCUUCAGCAAGAAUGCUUGUGUGAAUGCGAAAGACGAGAAGGCGUGCCCUCCAGGCGCCGGUAGCUUUGGAAGCCGAACUAGACUAGCUGCUGCACCGGUUCGACCGCACCGGAGUGUGGGCUGCUGCCCAAAUGUGCUUGGAGUGGAUCCACAUGUCUUGGAAAGGAACUGGUGGUGCCCGAGCUGUGCAGCCUCGAAAAGGAGGCCUAUAAUGGGACGAAGGUGGAGGACCUGCGAAGCUUCUGCGGCUCCGCCGUGCUGUCGUCUUUUCUCUUGA